CAACAGUUACAGUACUUCCUGUGUGGAAACAACGAAGAUUUAACGAUCUACUUGGACCUCAUUGAUGGAAGUUAACACAUAGCGACAGUUGGACAGUGAACGUGUUUUAACGACGUACGUGGCAAAUGAAUAAGUAACAAGUUCUUCCUGCACCUCCUUCGAGAGAGUUGUGUGACACACAAGACCAUGGCACCAAACAAUCCGUUACCAAUCUGGGGUAAUGAGAAAACCAUGAAUAUGAACCCACUGAUAUUGACAAACAUACAGUCAUCACCUUACUUCAAGGUCAACUUGUAUGAACUGAAAACAUAUCAUGAAGUCAUUGAUGAAAUUUAUUACAGAGUAGAACAUUUAGAACCUUGGGAAAGAGGCAGCAGAAAAACAGCAGGCCAGACUGGCAUGUGUGGAGGGGUGCGAGGCGUAGGAGCUGGAGGGAUAGUGUCCAGUGCCUAUUGUCUGCUGUACAAACUGUUCACACUGAGACUGACCCGUAAACAACUGACCGGACUGAUAACACACCAGGACUCUCCUUUUAUCCGUGGCCUGGGAUUCAUGUACAUCAGAUAUACACAGGACCCUAAGGAGCUAUGGGAUUGGUAUGAACCAUACUUGGAAGACGAGGAGGAGAUUGAUGUGAAGGCUGGGGGAGGCCAUGUGAUGCCUAUCGGCGAAAUGAUUCGUCAGUGGAUGACCAAACUGGAGUGGUACUCAACAUUGUUUCCCCGCAUCCCUGUACCGGUGCAGAAAGAUCUGAUGCAGAAACUGAAGAACCACCAAUGGUCCCGGCCUGAACCAGAGGAGCAGGAGGUAGUCGCCACUACUCAACCACAGCAUAUACCUGAUGAGGAGCUUAGCUUUGGAGAGGCUGAGAGAAUGUCAUACAGACGCAGGUCCCCUGAUAAAGGCACAUCAUCGCCACAACAAUCACGUCGAUCUCCAAGACGAUCACCUGUCAGACGCUCACCUCACCGGCGGUCUCCUGAUCGGCGCCGGUCACCUCACCACAGGUCACCCCCAGAUCAUCGUAGACAUUCUCCAGACCAUCACAGAUCCAGAGGAAGACGACCUUCACCUUCGAGAAGAUCUGCACAAUCGAGUGGUGGUGACUUUGCACGCGAUCUGCAAAGAGAGCGUGACAGACAGAAACGGACAAAGGACAGAGACAGUCAGCCGAGGAGCCGAGAACGCAAACGCUCACACAGCAGGGAACGACACCUUAAAAAGAGUUCAAAACAUUCACAUCGUGAUAGGAGAUCAAGAUCGCGUAGCAAGGAACGACACAGAGACCGACACGGGCGAGAAAAGCAUCGGAAUGGAGAUCAUUGACCUUCAUUAUUUAUUUUAGACAAUUUCAUAUCAUCAUUCAGACAUUACCCAUUGCAGUCAUGUCGUCAGUUUUCAUUUGAAAGUGUACUAAUCAUGCCCAUAAUGACAACUAUGUGACAAAGCUUGUAAACAUUACACGUUACUUUAGAUUUCUUCAAGGUCAUGUCAUGGUACUUACUCCAUAAUGUAUGUUUCUUCGUAAGAAAUGAAAUAAGUAAAUUAUCAUUUUUUAUAUCAAAAACUAGAUGGAACUGACCAAUCUUGGGUGUUUUCUUGUUAAGUUAAAAUACCAACAAGACCUUAAUUCACUAAGUACAAAUGUAUUUAACUCAGAUACACAGUAAUUCAAGAGACAUUCAAACAUAAGAAAUAAACAACUUUUUUUGGGGAUAUCAUAUAUGGUAUGCAUUAAUUUGUAAACAUAUAGGUUUGUCACUGCUGCUUCAUCUUUGCAAAAAUGCCAUUCUGUUAAGAUCACUCUGAAAUUUCAACAUAGACAUAAAUUAAUGUUGCUGGAUAACAGCAAUAGCACAGUCCAUAAUAAUUAGAUACAUGUACAUUGUUAAUGUUUAAAUAUACACAAUUUAAUCUCUACAAUGUAAACAACCAGAGUACAGUCAUUGAAUACACUUCGAAAUUCAAAUUAAAUUGAUAUACCUGUAUCUAUUGAUAGCAGUUUAGUGGAUAUUUUACUUGUCCGACAGAAGGCUCUUUCAGAUAGACCUAAUCAAACCAUGAUCCUCAUUCAAUAUAAAAAAAAAAUGUAAAAAAUAAUGGUUCUUUUUUUCAAUUAUUGUAUUGGUUCAGACAACAAGUUUUCAUUGUGUACUUCCAGGGCUUUUUUAUGGGGGCUUUUUGGGACUGUUAAUGGGCCCCAUUCCCAAUUGAAAUUAUUUCAUAUUUAAGCCAAAUUCCCAAAAUUUUCAGUUUACUCCUGAAAAAUUCUUUCCCGAUUUACCAAUUUUCUUCCCAAAUUGAGACAAAAAGGCCCUUUCCCAAAUCGGUGAUAAAAAGCCCUGUCUUCAGGUCACAAGUGUAUCAGGAGCAUGUAACUGUUUAGUUUCACUAGAGUUAUGGCCCUUAUUUCAAUCUCUUUACUGUUCCUUUGUCUAGGGCAUUUUAUACACACACUCCUGUCACCCACAGUUACCACAUUUAAAAUCGGAGAAUUUCUUAACAAAACAAAAAUUCGGUCUUGUUGGCAUUUUAUAAAGUUACAGACGUUUGCUAAUUUUUUGACACCAAAGUUUGUUGGAAAGUUGCGACUAUGGAAUAGUACUGGUAAGAAAUCUUCUCUCAAUAACUACUUGCUUAUGUUUAUUCAGUAUUCAUCAUUGUUGUCGUGUCUGUGAAGAAAAUUCGCAAAAGGGAAACUCAGGUUUAUCUUUUCAGACAGCGGCGGCAUUGUCAUCAACAUUUCAUUUUAAAGCUUUUCGCUUAGAUCUGUACCUCAAAAAGUAUAUGUCCAAAUUUAAAUAAAUAAGGGGAACCAAUUUGUAAAAUAGUGAGUCUAGACCCCUGGGGCCUGAGCAGUAGGGCCCCGAUAUUGGGGAAAUAUGCAAUUUUUGACCUGUUUUCAGGUGAAUGUGAUGAUUUAUCAACCAUUGGUCUUGGGAAAUAUCACUUUUCAGGUUGAUAACCAUCAUAUUCACUAGAAAAUGGGUUGAAAACUUGUAAAAUUCAUUUAUAAUUUAACUUUAUCUUUAAACUCAACUGAAUGAAUAUGCAAAUGAUUUACAGUAGUUUUUCAGAUGCAAGUACAUUUUGGAGCUUCAGCAUAAUAUUUGGGCAACAAUCUAUCUAAAUCAAAGACUGGCAGGGUGUUUUGGUGGAAUGUAUUAAAUGUUUUUGCUGAGAUGUUCUUCACUUGCCUGGUGUUUUCAAAUUCCUCUGUUCUGAAAAAAAAAAUUCCAAAAUGUUCUUCGUCUAUCUGUCUUCUGCCAUGUUGUGGGGAAGUCCCUAUUAUUGUUUAGAUAUUGGGGUAGGAACAGGUGUUGGAUUGUAAUAUCAUCUGAGUUCUUAUUUGGGGUUGACAUAUAUGUUUGAGCAAAGCGAGAUUAUUGAGGAAGUGGGGCGUGGGGAGCAUAAUGAUAAAUAAACAAACCCUUCUCUUCAAUCCGAAUUGACUCUAAGUAUUGUGAGUCUGGCUUCUCAGGGGUCUGAGGGACGGGACCAAAUAGGGGAAAUGAUGCAAAUUUUUAAAAAGCCUUCUUUUGGAACAAAAACUUGAUCAAAGCUUGGUCUUAAGCAUCCUUUGGUGAAAGUUUUACAAAACCUCACUUACUCAUGAUCAGUUCCGAGUGAUCAGCUGCUAAACUUGAGUUGGUGACAUCCAUUUAUAAACCUUUGAUGAGUAAUUCUGAAUAGGUCUGUACCACGACGUUAAUAAAGUGUGUGGUUGUGCGAGAUUGUACUCGUGUUUAAGGGUAUGUUCGUGUAAGCGUGUGUGUAAGUGUGUUUGGAUUGUGAAUAUGUUUAGUUGAACUGGGUAGUGGAUACUCUAUUGAAAUGCUGACUCGCACCAGUGCGUUGUAUUGGUUUUAACAGUUUUGCUUUAUCUUUUUACGACUAAAAUUAAAGACGUUGACAGGUCUGCCCAUCUUUCUUCCUAUUUAAUUACAAGUUGAUAUUCUUAUCAGAUGUCAAUAGGAUAUUGACAUUCUGUUAAACUUGUUUAUUUUUCGAUGCAUUUUAUAUACACAAACGUAGUUUGUUAAUUUUUGUGAUCCCACAUGCAAGAAAGAGUACAUUGCUGUAAUUGCUGAACUUUAAGAUUGUAAUCAAUAUUUUAUACAGGAUAAGUGAAAUGUCUAUUAAUCAGAUCGUUAUUUCCCUAUAACACUGGUAUCUUCAAACUUGGUACACUGUACGGUACUGGUACAUGUUUUUGCAUCUAAUGAUAGCUACGUCAGCAUCCCAUGUCAAGGGUUGUCCCAACGAAUAUUUUGGUGGAAGCUUGAAUUCCUUUGGACUCAUUGAGCUCAAACUUUCUGUAGUGCUUCUUUACAGCACUUGAUUAAAAGUUAGCUUUUAAGGUCUUUUAAAAGGUAGUUAUUUUUAGCUUAUCUGCCCAUUUUGCAUCUGUCAAAGUUUCUGGCUCUGUUGAAUUUACAUGGCACCUGUCAAAAGUUUCUCGCUGUGUGAAACCUUUUACAUUUCUUGAAAUUUGGAAUUGGAUUUGUUUUCAAAUAAACCCUCUCUCAGUCUAACAUCGGCCACAUAUCAUCUGUUGUUUGAAAAUAUAAGUUAUAAAUAUUGGACUUGACAAUGUAGACGUGUCUGGUAGUAAGCAAAUACUUGGCUAUAGGCCCAUUUGUAUUUAAGGAAAUAAUGAAGACUUUGACCACAAUGAAGUUUGUUUUAAGCUUUUAAAGCAAGCAAAUUUUUCAAAGCAUUUAUUUAUGUUCUGCUAAAAUUGCUGCAGUUUUUAGUGGUAGGUUACUGAAUACCAGGUAAGAAAUUUUAUUUUAACUGUCAGGAUGCAUUCUUGAAAUGAAUACAAUAAUGUACUUGAUACCAAGUUGGAAUGGUUCAUAUGGCGAUGACCUCUGAUUGGCAGUAGUGAUAACUUCAAAAUGAAGCACAAGAUGUUCGAGAGUGUAUUAUUCCCUAAUACCAAUACAUGUACCAGGGUAUGUAUGUGUAAUGUGAUCAGAGAAUGAAUGUGGUUGUGUUCAUGUGUUGAUUUGAGAAUCUGAUAUUUACUUUGUGAACAAUUUAAUUUGUUAAUGAGUGUUAGGAGGAAUGACAAAAAUCACAUUUUACUCGAGAACUUAUGGUAGCCAAUGCUGAGACCCUCUCAUAAUCAGGAGUUGUAGGUUGAAUACAUAUAUUGAUAUAUGACAUGUGACAGAUAGGUUGUGGGAGGGGGGAUGGUAAUAUUGAAGUAUAUAAGUACCAUAAUGUUCAUAUGUAUAACAUACUAUUGUACAGUGUUCAUUGUGUAGUUCACUUUGCAUUAAAAUAUCAUCCUGUUUUAUA